CUGAACCUCCCGUCAGCUUGCGCCACACUCGGUUCUAGCUUUCUCACACCUUCGCCAACCAUUCCAGGCUGGCGCAAAACAUCCAUUAUCCAUGGCUGCAUUGAUGCAAUCGAACAACGAACCUGUUCCUAUCUCGAAACCAUUGCCAGGGCCAUCGAACCCCGUAAUAUCCGCUCCGUCGGAACCGCUCGCUUUUCUGAAACAGUCAAAGCCUGAUUCAAGCCUGUCCUCUAUCGCCAGUGCAGGUCUGAACGUUUCGCGCUCCGGCGAUUCGCUACCACCGAUGACGACGACCGCACCGCCAGCCACGGCUGGCCAGACAGAUCGCCCGCUGGAGCACGAGAAGGAAUCAGAACAGCACAGCUCACAAGUUGCGAGAGAGGCCCUCGGUGCCAGCGAGAAGCAGACAAAUCCCGUGAAUGAGGGCAUGCAAUCUUCGUCAGACCAAAUGCAAGUUGAUUCACAUUCAGGACCAGGCAAUGCACCUGAUACGUUCGGGGCAGCCGAUAACAAUAACACACUUAUCGAUGCCUCAACCGUGGCCAGUCCUGGUCCUAUCGAGGAUUCUGGCUCUGCAGAUGGCGAUCAUCCUCGCCACCGUGAUGACGGAGAAAUGCCGCAAGAAACAGGCAACAAAGCCUUCUCGUAUCCGAUGCCCACGGCUAGUUUCAAUGACCCUCGCCGUGGUCUCAGCUUACCCGGUUCUGGGUUUCACAAAGGCCAGCGGUCACCGUCGGCCAAAAAGCAUCGUUGCCCAUAUUGUGCUACAGAGUUUACCAGGCAUCAUAACCUGAAGAGCCAUUUGCUUACGCAUAGCCAGGAGAAGCCAUAUGUUUGCCAAACAUGUCAAUCGCGCUUCCGUCGGUUACAUGAUCUGAAGAGACACACAAAACUUCAUACUGGCGAACGGCCCCAUAUUUGCCCUAAGUGCGGGCGCAGGUUCGCCCGUGGCGACGCUUUAGCUCGCCACAACAAGGGCCAAGGCGGAUGCGCAGGGCGCAGAGCAAGCAUGGGAAGCUACGUUCCCGAGGAUGAAUACGGCGAGGCUCCGGCCCCUGGAGCCGCGGAUGAUACGAUGGACGGACUUGUGUACACAGCUGAGCCAGAGCGCAUGGAUGAGGAAGAAGAGCGGCGACUCAUGCCCAGCAUCAAGAAGCAUGACAUGUCGACGGACUCCAUUUCACGUUCAAACACUACGAGCUAUCAACCACGCCAGCCCAGCACAUAUCCACCGAUCGCUUCAGGAAGACCUUCCCCCGGGGGUCUCUUUCCUCCUCCAAGCCAUGGGGGCUCUAGUGCGUCAACGUCUCCCGUAUCGCAGUCCGGCAACAUGACAUUCCCACCGCCUGGUCAGCCUUCAGGGGCAUCGGUUUUCCCCACCAACAUCACAGGGAGCCCGAAACCAUUGUCCCCAAAUGCACUGUCAUCACAUCAGCUUGGCCAUGGGCCGGAGAAUAACAUUCAUCAUCGUGCUCAUUCGCCCGGCAUGGCUCAGUCGUUCCAGCAGCAGACAUUCGGCAGGACAGGAUCUUCUUCGAGUUCGGUAACGAAUCAUGCUGCUUCGGGCUUGGGUCUGCCUCCACCGCAACCGGGUGCUCCCCAGCUCCCGCCGCCCCCUGGGAUGAACUCGUCUGAAGCUCGGUUCGGCCUUCACUCUCAAGGAUCAGUGCCGCCGGCGCCUUCGACAGCUACAAAACACAUGACCCCUCACAAUCACACAAACAACCACGGCGGUCCACUACCGACAAAACCUGGAUCAGAAGGGACCUCGAAUAAUGGCAACCAACUGACCAGUCCUCACGAGUCCAACCUCAUUGAGCAGUUCCGUGAGCGGGAAGACAAGCUGUGGGCUUAUGUCCGCUCGGUGCACGACGAAUUGAAUGGACUUCGAACGGAAGUCGCCGCUCUAAGAGCCCAACUUGCGUCAGCUAACGUCAACGCACUAGCAAUGUCAAGCCAGAGUGCCCCUCAGUCUCAACCCGAGACAAACGCUGCUGGUACAUCCCAGCGGUGAACCAGUUCUACUCACGGAAGAUCCGUGUCAAUGUCUAAACAUCUCCUGUUCCUUUUGUUCAUUAUUAGAUAUCACCUCCCCAUUCCUUCUGUGAUGGAUUCCAAACGCGCUGAUGCGACUCACUAUAAUACCCUUUCUAUUGCCAAGUGAAUAAUUUUCCUACCUGUGACGACUGUCUUAACUCCCAUUUCCUUUCCUUUUCCUUUUUCCCCGGUUCGGUUCUUCAAUCCCAUCUCCUGUUUGCGCGUUGCAUUAUUCUACUUUGACUAUACAUCUAUGCUACUCAUGAGGGGGUUCGCAGAGUCGACCCGCCCUGUUUCCUCUUUUAUAUAUCGAAUCGCACGUUU